UAGCAACGCCAUAGCUUCUAGGACUGGUACUUACGAUACCAAACAGCUAAACCAGAAGACCCGCUUACGUGCUUCGCCUUCUUCAGCGUGUUUCGCCCAUCAAGACCAUAGUCGUUUUGUUGCGUCGACCAAGCAAACAUACCUACCAGUACUCUUCCCAGGAAUGUUCAAAUGCUUUCCUGGUCAACACCAACUAGUAUCGAGGCUGGUUGCAAGCCACAUAACAGCGUGGAAGAUUAAUUAGAGGGUUAAGAUAUGGACCCGAACUUUUCACUUCAAUUGUGGUGGGAUUUUAGCUAGCGAUUAGAUUCGGCGAGCACAUCAGUCUUAAAAUCACACCUUAGCGCCAUGGCAGAGUAGGUUUAGUUUGAGUCGACUCAAAAGCAGACACCUUAGCGCCAUGGCAAUCCAUCUAACUGGCGGCUCGCCUUCGCACGCGUCUUUAGGAGAUUCUCACUCGAAGCGCGGCAGGGGGAUCAACUAUCGAGCGCAAAUCAGCCGGUUCCUCACUUCCGUGAUCAGCGGCGGCGGAAGCGGCGGACCUGGCGGAUCGCGAAACCGAAGAAUUCAACUUGGUGUCGCCCUCGCUGCAAUCACAUUCGUAUGGCUCACUCUCGGCUGCUGGCUGCUGCCGUUCAGCUGCCCCUUUCCCAGAGGACGCGUGCACAAGCGGCGAACACCCGCGAAUUUCACGUCAGAUAUUUUCAAUCGCCAGCUGCCUGAUGCCAUCAGCACCGCACUCAAGCUGCCGUGGAAGAAACAGCCCGUGCCAGUGGUGGUGAUCCACCAGCAGCCUUCGGGCUCCGUGGCGUGCCACCCGAAGCACUACAUGCACCGCAACCUGCGCCACACCAGGCAGCGCAACGCCGUGGUGUACUUCAUCGGGCCGGACAGCGACGAGUGCGUGGAGAUGGCCAGGGAGCUUGAUAUUGUGCUGGACCCGGUUAUUGGGUACCAGGACGUGGUGGGCUGGUUCUCUGCCAACCUGGGCGAUCCUGUCUCUUACCAGGUCCGCUGGUUCAUUCUGAAGGCCUUCAUGGAGCGCCAUGCCUUUCCGCGCAUCUUCUUCCUCGACUCUGACGUCAUCCUCUUCGCCAACGUCACUGAGCUCGCCACCAUGCUCUUCUCACGGGUCCACAUCGUUGUCUCGCAGCGCUGGCCCAGCCUAAGGGCCCCGGGUCCCAGCCAGUACGCGUCUACAGCAGUGAGCGCACACGUCUCCUUCUGGACGUAUGAUGCCCUCUGUGACUUCCUCGACUUCUUCCAGCUCUUCGUUCAGGAAGCAACUCUGUACGGCCAGCCUGGCGACGCACGUCUUGUAGCAGAGCGUGCUUAUAACGACAUGGUGGUGCUCGGAUGGUACACACACAGAGUCUGCUGGAUGAAGAACCCCCAGAAUCUACACCCACAGUGCAUAUUCGACAAGGAGAGUGGCGUGACCCCUGAGAGAUCAGCGCGCAUCAGGGGCAAGUUCACCCCUAAGUUCCGCGUUGAUUCGUUUGCCAUGCCGCGGUGGUGCAAUGCCACGGACUGGUGGGACGAGGGGUGGUGCGUCUUCGAUAACAACUUCUCCAUACAGACCCCCACUCAGUUUUUCAAGUACCGGCCGCAAGACGGCAUGAAGUGCCCCUCUUCCAUGCACUACACCCACUUUGACGACUGGGCUAAGGAGGGCGAGAAGCAGACGUCUCCGGUUCAAUUCCUGGGAGUGCACUUUCAGGCGCACAGAAAGGGGUACCUCACAAGGGGGGAUGACCCAGCAGCUACGUGGGGUUCAAGCCCUGAUUGAUAAUCUGACGACACACGUUACGGUGUGUGAUAUUACCUAAUGUGGAUUGAGAGGAGGCUAAAGAAAUGGGUUGCAAGGUAAAAUUAUUCGUACCAUUUUACUAGUGAUUGUUUGGUGCCUUAAUAUGCACCGAUGCUGGGUGUAGCUACUGAAUGCCUCUUGCGCCUUCAUAUCCUCCAAUAACAUGCAUUGUACAUGUGGAAGGUCAUGGCCAAGAUCGCAUUCCCUUACCCUUACUCCAUGAGCCUAAAAAUCUAUAUUUUG